AUCAAAUACGUGUCCAUAAAAACCAUUCAACUUUUACGUUUUGAUAAUAUCUCGAUACAUAUCCUCUGAAAUCACUGUUGAAAUUACUCUUGAGAUCAAUUUAAAUGUGACACCUUGUAUAAGUGAAGCCAACCGCGAUUGGGCUGCCGCAGUUUAAAGCGAUUGUUUGAGUUCUAUCCUCAGUGAAGCGGUUUUUAAGUAAAAAUAAUCGCGGAGAGGAGCAAUUAAUUUCUAACAAACUAUUCUUUUUAAGAUAUAUUUCAAAACAUAAUUUGAUCAGCAAAAAUGGGAGAUGAAGUUAACCCUAAAGCAUAUCCUUUAGCAGACGCUACUUUGACUUCAAAAAUUUUGAAUUUAGUGCAACAAGCCAUGAAUUAUAAACAAUUAAGGAAAGGAGCUAAUGAAGCAACAAAAACAUUAAAUCGUGGCUUAUCAGAAUUUAUCGUAAUGGCUGCAGAUGCAGAACCUCUAGAAAUUUUGCUGCAUUUGCCAUUAUUGUGCGAAGAUAAAAAUGUACCAUAUGUAUUUGUUAGAAGCAAACAAGCUCUAGGUCGUGCUUGUGGUGUAUCUAGGCCUGUUGUUGCUUGCUCUGUGACAGUUAAUGAAGGAUCGCAAUUAAAACCACAGAUUCAGGCUAUACAACAAGAGAUUGAACGUCUCUUAGUUUAAACACUUUGUACCUGAUGCAGAAUCAUUCUUUUUAAAUUUAAAUAUAAUCAUACUAUCGUUUUUAUUUUUUACACAGAAUUUUGAAUAAUUUGAAAAGAUCGAGCCUUAUAUAUCUUUCAUGCAGUGAAAUUUAUGUAUAAGUUAUUUUUAUGACUGAAAAAUAUUAACUAAAAAAUAUUGAUAUUCUGUCUGUAUCACAAUCCAAAAUAAAUGUUUUUUAUCACAUAUAAAA